AUGAAGAUGUUUCCUCUGACUGUGAUCCUGGCUGUAGUUUUGGGUUUAUCUCAGGUGGACUGUAGGAAUCCCUCUGGAUUGAGGAGACUCAACAAAGCUCAGGUGAGACCGUCUCCACAUCUGUAAUGAUCGUGUUUAACUCUGAGUUUAAAAGGAUCAUAAAAGUGUUUCUAGUUGAAUUUUGGUUAGGCUGCAUUACUUGAUUUAAUCCUAUUUUAGUCCCAGAGUAACUAUUUUGUCUUUUAUUACCACUUUUUUUCUUUAAUUUACUUUCUUUUAUUGUUUGAUUUUACAGGUUCAUUCAUAAUGUCACUUAUCUGGAUCACACUCACUCAUUAUGUCCCAAAAAUGGGCAAAUCAGUUUACAGCAGGCACAGACAUUUAAAACUCUGCCAUACUUCAUUAAAAUAAAUAAAAUAAAAUACAUUUGCAUAAAAAAACAGUUCGGGAGGUAAAAAAAGGUAAAGAGAGAAGCAAAUGUCAGUCAUACCAGUACUUUUGCAUGAACAGAGUGCAUAAGAUAAAAUGCAGAAACAAAAUGCAAUGUGCGGUUUACUUACCAAUAAAAUAAGAAUUAUUUAUUUUAUUAAUUUUUAUCAAUUAAGAGGGAAGUAAAACUUCGAAAUUAAUCAAAUCUGCACAAGCAGAAAACCGUUUUGCAUUGGGGUUUGUAUUUUUAUUUCAUUGUUUUUUAGUAUCUUGUGCGAAUGGACAACACUUUGUGUUACAUUCUAUGUAUGAAAAGUGUUUUAAAAAUAAGGUUUGAUUGAUUGAUCGAGUUGUUUGCAGACACAGAACAAACGAAGAGAGAGGUUGCAAAGACGCAUUAAAAGUACAGUUUCAGAUUAAUAGAGGUUAAAAAUCAUGUUUCUUUUUUAAGAAUGAGAAUCUCAUGUGAACAUGAAUGACUCCACUCUGGUCACAAGUCUGAACCAGCUGAUUUCAUGGACUGAAGAAACCUAGAACGUGUCUGAAAUAAAGGAAGAACUACUGCUGAGAGGAGUUUUCACCUUUGUGUUUGUUUGUCGGACUGAUUUUUAUGUUUUUUUUAUUUUUUUUGGGCAGAUUUUGGGUUUUGACUGGAAGAACUGCGGGCAGCCUGAUGACCCAGCUGUGCUGAAGUCUCUGAAAGUGUCUCCAGACCCGAUCUCGAUCCCAGGAGACCUGACAGCCUCGGCCUCUGGAAGCACAUCUGUAGAGCUGGCCUCUCCUCUCUCUGUGAGUUCUCUGACCUGUCUGUGUGUACACUACAAACAGAACAUACAGACAUAUGAUUUCCACACAGGCUACUGCGGUUCCUUCAGGGGUCAGAACAUUUGUGUACAGUUGUGACGAAACAGCUCAGUGAGCCUGGGUCUUUAGAUAUUGGUUUACCUUCUUUUUAAACACACGUUUACUGGUUAACCUUGUAAUAACAGAUGGAAGACUAAUCCAUAUUCUCAUACCUCUUAACACGACUGUACGCUGCCCAGAGUGUUAAGUCUGCUGGUCUAACCAUGACUGAUGAGCUCAGUUUGUCAGUGAUUGUGUUUGCGUUGGGCGAGAUGAAGUGACACACUCGCAUACCAACUAGUUCAGACAUGCAGCUCACGUUUUCAGAGAGGCCUUUUCCCCAGUGGCUCUGAAUAGAGACUGCUGUCCCUGAAAUCUGAGGGUUUUUUCUGGAAAAGAAACUCUCUGAAAUCCACAGAACAAGCUGCACAUGUUAAAGCAAACAGCUGAAGUUUACCUGCUGUCUUUACCUGGACGUUUUCCUGUUGAUGAGCUCGUGUAUUAAUGAUCAGUGUGAUCCUGAUGCACUGAAUAACGCUGGUUCAGACGCUCUUCAGCUCGGACCUGUUUGCACGUGGCGUUGAGAGAAAGGCGAAGCUUCAUACGGCUUCACGACCUUCAGGGGGAAAAGCUGUAAAGAUAACGGAUUCAUGGGCAAUAUUUAUGUAACACACUAACCUGUCAAAACACGCAGCCCGUAUGUUCUGUGACGUCUCCUUGUCAGUGUUGUCAGUCUGCAUGGAAUAAAGACAGUAAGCAGUCAGUGCAAUCAAAUGCAUUCACACUUUCAUCUAAAGGAUUAUCUUCUUACAUGCACUCGUUAUAGUUGACAGAGUUCGGUACUGGGGCGGCACAGUGGUGUAGUGGUUAGCACUGUCGCCUCACGGAAAGAAGGUCCUGGGUUCGAAUCCGGGUCUGCGUGGGUUUACUCCGGUUUCCUCCCACUUCCCAAAAACAUGCAGAAGUGGGGUUAGGUUAGCGUGGAUGGUUGUUCGUCUCUCUAUGUCAGCCCUGCGUUGAACUGGCGACUUGUCCAGCGUGUCCUCCGCCUUGGCCCGAAGAUGCUGAGAUAGGCUCCAGGUCUUGCUGAUGUGUUGCGGCGAGGAGAGCGGACCUCCUCUCUGUUUUAUGUGCGUCCAUGAAAAACCAAAACAUGGAGCGGGGUUGUAAAGCGUUUGCAGAGAACAGUUUGAAGACUGUCGGCUUCGGUUCAGGUUUAGUUUCAGUGGAAGUGCUUUGAGGAACCUCGAGCAAGAGAGUCUCGCAAUCACUGAGUGAAGCAAUGAACCAGAAGACGAUUUCAGACCUCAGAUGAAAAUGAGGACACUCGCUCUCAAGACGCUCCGAGCUCCUGUUGUUCCACCUUUGCAAACAAGUCUGUUUGAGCUGGAAUUAGACAGUCUGGUCUAACGUUCCUGCAGUCUGAGUGAGCAGGCUGUUGUUUUGUGAGUAACAAACAGGCUGGUCUGGAUCUGCUGCUGGUCCUGUGAGCUUCAUGUGAGCUUCAGAUCAGGCUGCAGGACUGUUUCAGAGCUUUAAAACUCAGUAUUUAACUCGGUAGUACACAUCUCAUAAAUAUAAUCGAGUUAAAUAAACAUAUUUUCUGAUCAGAGAUGUGAAAACCAAAUUAUUUGAUUCAAGUAAAGUAGAUUCAGUUUAUUUCAUCAAGUCAAAUUCAGUGAAUUUGUAUAUAACUCUUUCGAUGAGAGGUUGACAGGCCGCAGGAAUGCUCUGUCCUCCUCUGCUCUGAGUUCAUCUCAGCUCUCAGCAGCAGAAGUCUGUUUAUGAGCCAGUUUUAGUCGUAACGCUGCAGUCCUGUGUGUGAUAACAGACCUCCUGACUCGGCAGGUUUAGCUGUUUGUUUUUUGAUCACAUGUGAAGAAUAAAAGGAAAACUGUGAAUCUUUAAACUGACCCGCUGCUCCUCUAAACUUAUGCAUCAUAAAACAAUCAGAUUUUUUUUGCAGUUUAAUGCUCAAAUUCAGCCUGAGAGACUCCGACAACAAGAAAGUAAAAACAGGAUUUAGCUGUCUGCGCAGAUUUCCACUCCUGGAUCAAACAAAAAUACUGUAAGAUGAAUAUUUCUGGGUUGUUUGCAGGUUUUUUUCUUCACUUCAGAGUGCAGUAAAACAUGUCCUCUCUGUCUUAUAAGAGUCUAUAUUUAUAACCCUACGACUUAUAACAACAUUUAAAACAUGAGAGUAAAUGUUGUCUCUCUGUCUGUCCGUCUGUUUUUGUCUUGAUGUCGUCAGUGUGGACCUGAAUCGCACAGAUCUGUUUAAACUAGAUUACAUUUGUUCUGUUUUGUGUUGCUCACCCUGUAGAUAAUGUGUUCGAUACACUCAGCAGGACUGUAGAUAACACACACACACACACACAGACACACACUCUGAGUGUGAGUGAGGACAACACUCCCAGUUGUCUGAUUCACUCUGUGUCCCUGUGUCACAAGUUGAUUUGACUCAUGCAUGACCUGGCUCAGCGUGCAGACAAGAAGACCCAUGUCAGAUUCGUCCAAAGAUGAAAUUAAAGUCUUUGCGGACGGCUCCACAGAGCUGCUUUGUUUCCUCGCUGAUUGUCCAGAAUGAUGUCAGGAUUUAUCGGCGGCGUGGACAGCUGAGUGUGACCUCUGAGCGUCAUUUAGUUAAAGUCCAAACUGCUGGUUUAUCUCGGCGCUGAUCAUGAGGACCUGAGUGGAAAAAGCUCUGCUGCUUUCUCUUCCUCAUCACAAACAAACCCUCCUGACUCGGCUUUAUUGUCUCCUCUGUUUCAGGUCUCUUUCUCACGCUCUGGUUUUAUUCCACUUCUUUAUGUCUUUAUUUCACUUCUACUUUGUUUCUCAUCCAUAAAAAAUCGAUCGUGCUUUAACCCGAUGUAGGCCUGUCACGAUAACAAAUUUUGCUGGACGAUAAUUGUGCUACAAAUUAUUGCCGAUAAACGAUAUUAUUGACACCGUUUUUUAAAUUAUAGAUAAUGAUAUCAAAUGGCAUAAUAAUGCGAGUACACCAUGUCAAAAGUGAUAAACUUUAAUUUCCACACGAGAACAACACUGGUUGUUUUCGUUGACUAAAAUAUUUCCCUUUUCUCCCACGACGAAGACAUAACGUUGACGAGCUAAACAUAAGUCGGAGAUGACUAAAAUGUGACGAGACGAAAGUGCGUUUACGUUGAUGGGACGAGACGAAAAUGACGAACAGAGUUGCAAAACUCAGUCAGUUAAACGCUAAACAUACAGGAGCAGCUUCAGUCCGCUCUGACAGCUCUCAUCAGCCUGCUGUGCUCCUCCAACACACAGACACACACGAGCGCGCGCGCACACACACACGUGGAGUUUUGUGGUUGACGAAGACAAAACUGGUUUAAAGCCGAAAUAUUCCCACACUUGGGCUGUUGCGUUCGGUUUAGACACCAAAGCUGUCGUGUUCAUUCUGUUUGCUUGCUUUUCACUCACGACGCUCACUUGCAGCACUGUAUCCAAAAAGUCUGUGUCUGUGUGCCUGUGCGCGCCUACGUGUACCUGUGCGCGCGCCCCCCGUGACAAAGAUACUGAAUGACUGACAGGAGGGUUCACUGACUCCGUUCAUUCCGCUAUAGAGCCAACGCCCCCAGGUGCCGAGAAAAAUGCGCAGAGUGAGACCUCUUCUCUCAUCCAGCGUGUUUGGUAGCGAGAGAGGAGGAAAACAAACGCACGUUAAUUAUCGAGACUGGCAAAGUUAUCGACCUCGUUUUUAUUUACCGAGCGAUAAGGCGAUUUAUUGAUUAUCGCGACAGGCCUAACCCGAUGUGAUCACACGUCAGUCUGUUCUUUUAAUUCUCUUCAGUAAAAGUCGCUCUAACCUCACAGAGUUAACAUCAUUUUUUAAACUUUUAUUUUUUAAUGAAAAUUACCAAUAAAAGCAGUGAAAACAUGUUAAACCUCCUGUCAUUCAUGCUUUUGUGCUGUAAGUUGAUUUUAGGAUAAUAAAAGCCUCAAACUGUGUCGUCAUAUUUGACUUAGACUUCGUAACCUCCUCUCCUCAGCUGAACGUGACCCUGGAGAAGGAGGUGGCGGGUUUCUGGGUGAAGAUCCCGUGUUUGGAGGAGCUGGGGAGUUGUCACUAUCAGGACGCUUGUGAUCUCCUGAACCAGGUGAUCCCUCCGGGUCAGGACUGUCCUGAGCCGCUGCACUCCUACGGGCUGCCCUGCCACUGCCCCUUCAAAGCUGUGAGUCUGUUCAUAAGUACUGUUCCUCAAAAUCCAGCGCGUGCAUGACCAGAAUUCAACUAGCUACCGUGACAUUUGGAGCUUCCUCUCCUUCGUUCUGCAUUGCACAUUUUGCAGAAACGAUCCAAACUGUGCUCCAUUUUGCACCACUCAUUCACUACGCAUGUUGCACUCGUUAUAUUCAGGUGCAAAUAAACCGGUAAUGUUAUUUAACUCUGUGCAGUUUGCUCUUGUGUUGUUUUUGGUAACAGCAUCUCAUCCUGAGUCCAUCCUGCACCUUCAGAGAUUAGAAAUGACAAAUUAGAGAGAAUCCAGUUAAAACAGCUCAUUAAUAAAGACAUGACACUGGCGGCUGUUCGCACCCGUGUCAGUGGUUUGGACAUUAGCAUUAAGGCUUCAUUAGAGGGGUCUCUUUUGUCCCCCCGUGCAUACUUAACAGCUCUUUUAAAUGUAUGCAGACGACUUCAGGGGCACAGAGAAGGUUUUUGUUCGUUUAAAACUGUGGACUCUGUAAAUGAAACCGUGUCUUUUGGCACAUUUGCACAAGUUUAGCACGCACAGAUUCUGCGGGGCCCUGAGAGUCGGUGUUAACCUGAACAUAAGUGAGCCAGGACCUCAUUUAAUCAGGAACAUCCGGCUUUGUCACGACUUACAUGUUUAAAGCACUUCCUCUUCUGCAGCACAUUUCAAAGUAAAGUUACCAAAGAGUUAAACACAGUUUUGAACAUUUCUGCAACUUGAGGCAUGAAUUUAUCAAGUUUUCAAUUAUACAAUAAUAACAUUGAACCGUGGAAAUCAAAGUUUGAGCUCUAUAGCUUCAGGAAAAAAGUCUGAAAAUACCAAAAGUUGUUGCUGAUUGUGUCAUAAAUGCAAAAGGAGCUUAAAAAUAGUUUAAAAAAAUCUGGAUUAUAUCAUUAAAAACCUCCAUAGAGCAGCUCUGUAAGAGAAAUUAAAGUGAAGCUGCAGGAGCAGAAAAAGAGGACCAACAUUUUUCACAUUUCACACCCAGAUUUGUAGGUGUUUUUUUAUAGAUUGGUGAGAAGUCUGCUGAAUUAUUGCAACAGUCGUCAUGUGAUAAAUCAUCCACAUAUCCUUUAAAACUUUAUAGCAGACUCAUAAUCCGGAGAGAAGUCUGUAAAAUAAGUAGGACAGACUUCUAAAAUGACUAACCCCUCACAUCCUGCACUCAGUGAUAGUAACCUGUCUGCUCUCUCUCCUCAGGGUACGUACUCUCUGCCUCAGUCGGACUUCUACCUGCCCGACGUGGACGUGCCCUACUGGCUGACUAACGGGCAUUACCGCGUGCAGGGCGUGCUGGGCAGCGAGGGCAAAGAGCUGGCCUGCCUCAAGAUCGCCCUCGCCCUUCACUCCGACUGA